AUGUUUACCACGACUACUACUUCGACCACACCAAUCACCACGCAAAAGAGGACGACUCGUGAGCGAAACAAUCGCGCUGUCGUCGUGACGAAAUCGUUUUGGAAGAAAGAAGCGCCGCCUCCUCCGCCUCCGCCUCCGGCAAAGAAGAAAGGAUUGUUUGGGAAUUUCCAAAAGCCAUCGGGUGAUGUUUCCCCGGCUCAAGGAAAGACCAACACCGUGAAAGACGUGGAAUACGCGUACGAAGAGACCAAGACGGAAGCGUACGCGAGAAUCCGGAAACAACGAGCUUUGAAAAAAGCCGAGUUCGAAGCGCGCGAGAAAGGCGGCUUCUCGCAAGCGCUGUUUAAAGUCACCAGAGCGUUAGAUUUCCAAGAAGAUAUCGCAGCUGACAGAGGCUUGUUGAGCGCGGCCAAGAGGAUGAGGAAAGGCGAGUCGAUGUCGACGGAGCAAUACGGCGCGUUACGCAGGAAGGUUGGAGGGACGAAAGGAGGGUUUUUUGGGGAGUCCGUGGACGUGAAAGGUGAAUAUACCGAUAGCGGGUGGACGAAGCGAGACGAGGACACGACGACGAGCGAGGUUGCGUACGCGCCUUUGCUCGGAUUAGUUCUCGCGGGCGUCGUGGCGACGCUCGUUUUGGUCGUGCAACAAGUGCCGUAG